AACAGCGAGCGGCGGGCUCGGCACCGAAAAAAACUGGCCCAGGUCAUAGCGGAGGAGGUGCGCGACGUGAAGCGACGGCUGGAAGCAGCCGCAACCGAGGCCUUUCGGUCACGCGUGAAAAAGCUUCAGGCAUCUCUCGCCCAGGAGUCCACUUCCUUGCGGGGCGACCUCGUGCGGGCACAGCAGGAGAAUGAGCGGCUGCGCAGGGAAGUCCAGGCGGAACGCCGUGUCACCGCACAGCGGGAAGUGCACUACACCGAACAAGAGCUGCGAAUACGGCAACUAUCGACCAUUUUGGCACAGCAACAGGAGACUAUCGACCAAACUCGUCGUGGGUUAUUUUCCCCUCGGAAUCGCUCGCCUUCCUGGACAGCCAGAGCUACCGCGACGACGCAGAGAGCAAACGGAGUAGAAGAGUCGCCUGCAGAAGUAGAACGGGGUAGAGAGCCAGCUGGAGGAGAUCCUGUACACGACGACGAGGAAUUUUCAUCUCAGCCUCCCCGCCAUUCCGUACUAGCGAAUGGCCACGCACCAGCACCGCUGCAGGUAGAGAUCCCACAGGCGGCGCGCGGAACGACUCUACUGCAGACGGGAAAUACGGAGGUUUUCGAUAUUUCCUCCCCCGACAGCUCCCGGGGAAGCAAUCGAGGCAGCGUCAUGAACCACCGAGGUGAG